UGGUACGAGUGCUACUUGUGUAAAAUUUUAGAGGUUAAUUUAACCUGUCAAAACGUGAGUUUAACAUGUGUAUCGUGGUGAAAUAAUUAUUAAAACUGUAAUAAUGGCAGAGAUUUAUGAUUUGGUUAAAAAGUUUCAUCUUCACGCGAAGACCCAUAAAACUAAGGAGGCUGACACAGAAGAUUGGGUUAGUUUGGUCUUACAGGAGAAAUACUGGGACGAUAUUCUCGUGUUGUAUUCGAAUAAUGCGCUAAUAAAGGACUUUUUUAAUUCAAAAAGUGAUGAAGAAAGGGAGAAAUACCUCAAUUUUGGUAUUGCAUGUUUUACUUAUUUCGUCCAAAGCAACUUUACGGGACCUACAAUUCCGAAAUCGAUUGACGAAUUUCUGGCACAAGACAAAUUCAAAUCUUUUGAUUUUGCCAGUCGUUUGGCUAUGAACGGAGAAGAUAUCAACGUUAACACAAAAAACCCCGCACUUUUAGCAGUUUCAGAAUUCAUAUUUGAUUGCUGUAUUGUUAACACUUUGGUUAACUUGUGGUGGUGUUGUCGAGCUUUAAUGAUACAUCAAGACGUUUUAGACGAGUUAAGCCCCUCACUGUUGUCCAAUGCUGACCGGCUUCACAAAUUGCUCCAAGAGCAACCUUUAAAAGGUGUAGUAAAAGCCGAACUUAGUACAGAAUUGGCCCAAAUGUAUCUCAAAUUCCGUCACAUCACAAAAGCUCAAGAUCAUAUCACAACAGCUUGCGAUGUGUUAGGAUUGGAGUUUGAUUUUGUUGGUAAAUUAGGCAAAAGAACAAAAUAUCAAACCGAUGAAUUGGCACAACUAACAGUAAAAGUCACACUAACUGAUCAUGAAGAAAUGAAACGGCCCGAGAUUGACGAUAUCACUAUACCUCAAAACUUCAGUCUCAAUGACGAUGUUAGAUUGGACCAAGUGAGGUUUUCAGAAGAGUCUGAUUCCACAAAACUGCCCAAUGCUGAACAAAAACUAAUUCUAACGAUCAUCCGAAAGAAAUUAAUUUCUAGUCCUUCUGAUGAGUUGCAAACCGAAGAAAUUUUGCCAUUUAUAGAAAUGAUUUUAAAUCAGAAAAACACGUACACAGUUCGUGUAAUGGCAUUAUUGUUGCGCUGCAAAUUAGAAUCUAAUAACAAAAGAACCAUUGAAAGGUGCUUGAAACAGUGCGAGGACAUUAUCAAUAAUUUUAAAAAGGAGAAUCCCCCAGCGAGUAAUAGAGUUGGAGAUGUUUUUGGAACCUCGAUGUUACCAAUUUGGAAAGUUCAAGCAGAGUAUGCUGACAUAUUAUUGAAUUUUGGAUUGGUAAAAAACAGUUUGGAUGUUUAUUUAAAUAUACAGUUAUGGGAGGAAGUUAUUAUUUGUUACAACAUUCUGAAAAUGAGAGAAAAGGCAGCAGAAGUUAUUAGACAACAGCUUGAAGUAAAGCCAACAGUGAAGUUAAUGUGCCUUUUAGGUGAUGCAACUGACGACAUCACAUGCUACGAAACAGCCUGGGAGAUGUCGAAGAAACGCAGCCAUCGGGCACAAAGACACUGGGGGCGUUUCUUAUUCGCACGUAAAAAAUACGAAGAAUGCAUCCCACACUUUGAGAAAUCCCUCAGCAUAAACCCCCUCCAAGCCAACAUUUGGCUAGGUUUAGGUUUCGCAGCCUUGCAAGUAGAAAACUGGCAAACGGCAGCAACGGCUUACCGCCGCUACACCACUCUGGAACCUGACGGUUUUGAGGCUUGGAAUAACCUAGCCCAGGCUUACAUCAAACUAGGAAACAAUCGCAGUGCGCACCAAGCCAUCCUGGAAGCCCUGAAGUGCAAUUUCGAUAAUUGGAAAGUAUGGGAAAACUUGCUUUUAGUCAGUUGUGAUAUUUCGAAUUAUUCGGAUAUAAUCCGAGCGUACCAUCGAAUAAUCGACUUGAAAGAAAAAUACUUAAACGUCGAAGCUUUAAACAUUCUUGUAUACAGUGUUUGUAACGACGCCACCGAUUGUGAGGGAAAUUCCGCGAGAAAGUUAUUGCAAAAAAUCCGUGAAUUGUUGGGGAGAGUUGCGGGGUUGUAUCCCAACAGUGGGCCUGUGUGGGAAUUGUAUGCUAGUUUAGCGCCAGUGUUGUUACUUAGGGCCCAACGGCUGCAACGGGCUUAUAGGGGAUACACGCAAGGGUCUUGGGAUAAAGAUCCGAAAACAUGCUUAUAUGUCCUAAAUGUGUGCAGAAAAUUGGGCGAUGUCGUACUUGAAGAAGAAAUAGAUCCAGCUAAUACUAUUAUUAAUUCAGUCAAAUUAAAUCUAAAUGCGGCUAUAGCAGCGAUCAAAAAGCAAAAUUGGGAAGAAACUAAAGAAUUUCUGGAGGAAGUGUCAAAUCAGUUGGAACAAAUUGUAGAGAAAAUGAAGAAGGCGAAAGUAGCUGUUAAAAUUGACGAACUCGUUGAUGAUUCUGACAAUAGCACUUAACUUUUUCACGUACUGAAUAAAAUUUUAUGUUAAA